CCCUCGUCAUCUCUCCUCAGCAUCUGUCAGCUUGUUUAUCCCUCAACUUUAGCCGCGUUUAUUCCGGUUUAGCUCGUUUGUCACUUCAUGUAGCAGCGGUACCGGCCGUGUGACGGUCCCACGGACGGCUGCACUGCGCGUUCCGCCCUCUCUCAUCCGAACUGCGGCACUUUUCCAUUCAGAACCGAGCCGGAGCAGCGAGCUAGCCGCUGCUAGCUAGCAGGCUAACAGCUGUUUGGAGACGAGCGUCGCUGCGAGGAGCCGAGCAGCUCAAAGGUGAGUUCAGGAAGCUCCGUGGUUCAGUCCUCACCUGGAUGUUAUGUUUAUGGUGCGUUUAGUAGCCUAGAAGUAGCUAAUAAUAGCCUCUUUAGCUUCAAUAGCUUGCUGCUAUAUAGCUAUAAUGAGAAUUGUACCGUUAUCUUUAUGUUUGUGCAGAAACCUGCUAGUAUUUGAUUGAAUCCUUUAAUAUCUACAGUCAUUUAAAGUGAGGAAACUUUAGAAAUUACAAGAUGAAAGAUUCAUAGAGCUGCCUGUUUGUUUACUUCACAUUUAGCUUUGCUGUUUUUGCUGGUACUCUGAUUAAAUUCUGCUUAGACCACCUUAAGGUGCAUCACUACAUUUGAGUUUAAUUAUGGCACGUUUUCCUGACAGUAAUGGUUUUUAGAACUCAGUAGCUCUAGCAGCCAUCAGCACAGACACAGACACUGCCUAAAUGUCACCCUACCUGCUCUAUGCACUAUAAUAUAAUCAAUCCAGCCGUUUUUACUGUCUGAAAUAGCGUUAUAGCCCCAUUUUAAACUCAAAUUGUGCAGUUUUCCACCUGCCAAAAAGUAUUUGCAGCCUUUAUAUUGUGACUGAAAUGUUUUUAUUGCUGUAAAAUAACUUGAUUCCAAUUGUGACCACUGUAUUUUAAAGAUUGUAGCCCAUAGGAUAGUUGCAGAUAUAUAAAACCCAUUCAUAAAUCGUGUUGGAUUCUAAAUAACACGAUUUGAAAAGUUUGGGGUCAUCCAGACAAUUUCAUGUUUUCCAUGAAAACUCAUAUUUUUAUUCAUGACAUAACAUAAUUGUACAAGGGUUUUCUAAUCAUCAAUUAGCUUUUCAACACCAUUAGCUAACACAAUGUAGCAUUAGAACACAGGAGUGAUGGUUGCUGGAAAUGUUCCUCUGUACCUCUAUGGAGAUAUUCCAUUAAAAAUCAGCUGUUUCCAGCUACAAUAGUCAUUUACCACAUUAACAAUGUCUAGACUGGAUUUAUCAUUCAUUUAAUGUUAUCUUCAUUGAAAAAAACUGCUUUUCUUUCAAAAAUAAGGACAUUUCUAAGUGACCCCAAACUUUUGAAUGGUAGUGUGUAUAUUACUCUUCUUAGAACUAAUUUUAUCCAUUAAUUUCUCUAUUCAUUCACUUAUUUACAUGUAUCAGUCUAUUUGAUGUACUGUUAGUUACUUCAUUUAUAGCAUUUUCUUGUUCUGAUUUUAUGAUUUUUGACUUCUACUUUGACUUUCACCUUUCUACAUCUAUUUUAAUCAGAAUUAGAAAUAGUUCAUUGAUCCUGACGGGGCAAUGUAUUUCUGAUUAAUUUAAUGUUAUCUUCAUUGAAAGUAAGCCUCUUUCCUUUCAACAAUAAGGACAUUUCUAAGUGACCCCAACCUUUUGAACGGUAGUGUACGUAAGAAUAUAGCUGAAGAGAUAAUGAGCAGCAUAUUGUCAUUAUUAUCAUUAAGAGUUCAGCAGUCUGGUGACCUGAGGUUAAAAGCUGUUACAGAACCUAGUGGUCCUGCACCGAAUGUUGCAGAGACUCUGCAGGAGAACAGUCCAUUGUGGUGGUGUGAGGAGUCACUGAAGAUGUUUCUGGCUCGGAACAUGCAAAACUAAUAUCCAUCUAUUAUCUAUACCUUGUUUAUUAUUGUUUAGGGUCGCGGGGGCUGGAGCUUAUCCUGGCUGACUUAGGGUGAAGGCAGAGGACACCAUAGACAGGUCACCAGUCUGUCACAGGGCUACAUAUACAGACAAACAAUCACUCUCACAUUCACACCUACGGACAAUUUAGAAUGAUCAAUUAACCUCAGCAUGUUUUUGGACUGUGGGAGGAAGCUGGAGAAAACCCACGCAUGCACAGGGAGAACAUGCAAACUCCAUGCAGAAAGAUCUUGGGAAGGCCAGGAUGCGAAUCGGGGAUCUUCUAGCUGUAAGAGGAUGUAUCCACCUUCCAGAAAGGACUUCAUCUCUCUGACGCUCAGCGACCCACACAGCCACGCCUACAACAACGGGAAACACCGGCGACAGUCCUGCUGGAGGAAAUGGAAGCAGCUGUCUCGGCUCCAGCGAAGCCUCAUCCUGUUCCUGCUGGCUCUGCUGCUCAUACUGGGACUGCUCUCCUACCCCAGCAUCACGGAGCAGUGGAGAGGAUUGUCUGACAGGGAGGACUGGCUGGAGCUGAAUGACCCAGAGCUGAAGGCCGCCCCUCCAGGUGUGAAGCCGGUGUUGGGUCCGGCUGCAGGAGACGCUCCAGCUCCUGCUGCUGGGCCACAUCUGGAGCCAGCUGUUGUUCUGGAUGUUGUUGUGGACCCCAGAGGACCAAAUGUCCCCAUUUUGCCAAAACCUCCCAUUAAGAAAAAGACAUUUCCAAACAGAAGAGGUCCACCGAACCUGCAGAAAGACGGAAAUGUUUCAGACACAGUCGGUGGGGAAAAGCAAGAACAGGAAGCGGUUCAGGAGGAAGAAGGAGAAGAGGAGGGCAAAGAAAAGAAGAUUGUCAGCUGGAGAGGAGCGAUGAUCGAAGCCGACCAGGCCACAGAGCCUCCACCUUCGGCCAAUGAGAAGGAAGCGGCAGCGCCUCCAGCACCUGUGAACCCCGCUGAUACUGUCCCACUGGAAGUUUCUACUGGACCUGCAGACCGACUGGAGGCAGUACGUGAUGCCUUCAGACAUGCGUGGAAAGGCUACAAGGACCACGCCUGGGGGCACGAUGAGCUCAAGCCCAUCUCCAAGUCCUUCAGCGAGUGGUUCGGCCUGGGUCUGACGCUGAUUGAUUCUUUGGACACUAUGUGGAUUAUGGGCCUGAAAGAAGAGUUUGCAGAAGCGAGGCGCUGGGUAGAGAAGGAGCUGUCCUUCGACAAGAAUGUGGACGUGAACCUUUUUGAAACAACCAUACGUAUCCUGGGGGGGCUGCUGAGCUGCUACCAUCUAUCAGGAGACCAGCUGUUCCUGGAGAAAGCUAAAGACCUUGGGUCCAGAUUGAUGCCCGCCUUCAAAACACCCUCAAAGAUCCCGUUCUCGGACGUCAACAUCGGAAAAGGAACGGCUCACCCUCCGAGAUGGACGUCGGACAGCACAGUGGCCGAAGUUACGAGCAUCCAGCUGGAGUUCAGAGAGUUGAGCCGCCUCACUCAGGAACCUCAGUACCAGGAGGUUGUCAACGAGGUGAUGAAGAUGGUCCACACGCUGCCGGGAAAACACGACGGCCUGGUGCCCAUGUUCAUCAACACCAACAGCGGCCAGUUCACCCACAAAGGAGUGUUCACGCUCGGUGCCAGGGCGGACAGCUACUACGAAUACCUGCUCAAACAGUGGAUCCAAGGAGGAAAAACUGAAGACGAUCUGUUGGAGGAUUACCUUCAGGCCAUAGAGGGAGUGAAAAAACACCUUGUGAGGAAGACGGGGCCCAACAUGUUGACCUUUAUUGGAGAGUUGUCCCACAACCGCUUCAACGCCAAGAUGGAUCACCUGGUGUGUUUCCUGCCGGGGACUCUGGCUCUGGGGGCCCAUAACGGUCUCCCAGGGGACCACAUGGAUCUGGCUGUGCAGCUGAUGGAGACCUGCCACCAGAUGUACGUCCAGAUGGAGACCGGACUGAGCCCUGAGAUCGCACACUUCAGCCUGCAGUCCAGUGACGGGCGAGAUGUUGUCGUCAAGCCUGCAGACAGACACAACCUGCUGAGACCAGAGACGGUGGAAAGUCUGUUCUACAUGUACAGAUUCACCAAGGACACCAAGUACAGAGACUGGGGAUGGGACAUACUGCAGAACUUCAAUAAAUACACCAAGAUCCCUGAUGGUGGCUACACGUCCAUUAACAACGUCCGUGACCCCGUUAACCCCGGACCUCGGGACAAGAUGGAGAGUUUCUUCCUGGGUGAGACGCUCAAGUACUUAUAUCUGCUCUUCUCUGACGACAUGAAGCUGCUCAGUCUAGACAAAUAUAUCUUCAACACAGAGGCUCACCCUCUGCCCAUAUGGCCGUCGCCACCGAAGUGAAGUCGUAUUGCAGGAGACGUCUGUAAAAAUACAUCAGGACCACAGAGUCUGAAAGCAACCGUCCAGGCUGACUGAAGCAGAUCUGUGCUGUCCACCCCUGCUUUAAUAUGUGAAGGAGUUUGAUUUGGGGGGUUUUUUGGUCUUUAUUUGUGAUUUUCUUUAUUUUUCCUAAGGAAAAGGUUCGUGACAGAGCUGGUCUCUAAUGUAAAACUUUUUAACAAUCAGAUCAGGCGAGCUGGCACACUUUAUUACUUGGGUGACUGGGGUAGUUUUUGUAUGUUUGUUGCCUGUUGCCCCCUCAUUCGUCCUGCAUCGUCUGGCUGCGAAGGAACAAAUUCAUUGUGUUAAACCACUGAUAUUUGAAGGUGCAAUAGCCAGUGAUCAAAAGAUAAGAAAUAUGUUCAACUGUUCAGCAAUGUAUAUUUCACAGAUAGUUAUGGUGGAGGAGUCGCAUUUAUUUGUCUUACAUUGGUAGUUUCUAACAAAUGAAAAACUGCGUUUAAAGGGUUUUUAGUGCAGCACCAAGGGACUAGAUCAGUACCCAACUGAGAGGUAAAUUCAGAAUAUAUACAGUACCAUUCAAAAAUUUGGGGUCACCUAGACAAUUUCAUGUUUUCCAUAAAAAAUAGCACUUUUAUUCAUGUGCUGACGUAACUGUACAAGGGUUUUCUAACCAUUUAUUAGCCUUUCAACACCAUUAGCUAACACAACAGGAGUGAUGGUUGCUGGAAAUGUUCCUCUGUACCCCUAUGUAGAUAUUCCAUUAAAAAUCACCCAUUUCCAGCUAGAAUAUUCAUUUACGGCAUUAACAAUAUCUAGACUGGAUUUAUGAUUAUUUUAAUGUUUUCCUCAUUGAAAAAAAAUGCUUUUCUUUCAAAAAAAAGGACAUUUCUAAGUGACCCCAAACUUUUGAACGGUAGAAUAUAAUACUGAACAUGCAUGUCUUAAAUGAAGGCAGGAUUGUCUUAAAGACUUCAAGUAUAGUACUAGUACAAUUAUGGCGAGCUAUAAUAAAUUAAAACCAUAUUGGUGGUAUAAUUAAUUAAACCCUGUUUGGUUAUUUGCAGACAGAUUUUAUUCUUUUAGUUCGUCCAGCUUCCAGUUGAUUCUCAUUGGGUGUUUUCAGACUUCAGUCCUCUUGUGCUUGAUUUGUUAAGCUACCAGAUGAAAACAACACUAGUUACCUUGGUCAUUGUUACUAAGAUUGGACAGACUAGUGAUAGAUGGCAUCAGUUUUGCUGAUGUAGCUGCAAUUCUUUAGAUCUGGAAAAAUAAAAGGUAAUAAUGGUAAUGCUUCGAAGACAUUCAUGAUAAUUUUCUUGUGAUUUCUCCAUUUAGAGACAGAGUUGUUGCGGUUCUUUCGUUCAUGUCUACACCAAUUAUCUACAACUUUAAAACCACCUUCCUAAUAUUGUGUAGGUCAAUUUCUUGCCAGUAAAACAGCUGUGAACUAUUGGGGUAUGAAUGAGGAACAUCUGUUUGCAUCUUUAUGGUGUCUGGCACUGGGAUGGUAGGGGAUGUUUUGGAUCCUGUAGGUUGCAGAGUAGAUCCUCUGUAGAUAAAACUUGUUUCAACACAUCUUGUGAAGCUCAAGCUAAUUUGGAUCUGGAAGGUUUUGAGGUUGCAUCAACGCCUUGAACUCUUGGUCGUGUUCCUCAAGCAGGUCCUGAGCGGGAAGCUAUGGUGGAUGUGUUUAGUCUACAAAAAUAUCUAGAUACAUGAUGGGUAUCGGCAUAACAUCCACAUAAAUACCAGGACCCAACGUUUCCCACCAUAAUGCUGCAUGCAAUGAGCAUUAUUCACCUCAAAUAGCCGUGGUUUUAAUGUUGUGGCUGAUCAGUGUUGUCUAAGAAAUGAAUGCGUCCUGAAGGAUUUUAGCUACACGCCUAAUAACAGCUUGUUUCAGUGAUGAAUACAUUCCUAUAUUCUGUGAUUUUAUUAUUUUGCAUUGUUGCUGUAAAGGAGCAUUUGUCGUUUGGCUUAUUUACGUCAUCUCUGGUCCCGGUUUGUGAUUUUGAAUAUAUUCACACUUGUUUUGUAUUAUAUGAAGGAAAACUAACGAGGGCCGACACGCAGUCUUAAAUUAGCUGUGAAGUUAGAUCAAAACAAACAUGGCGACAUUAUACGGUAUUGAUCUCAGUGUGAGACAGUGUUUGUUUUUGUGGAAGUUAAGGUUUGAAAAAAGUGGGAGUCUUGUUAUAUUCAAGGACUCGACUGUUGCGUGUUCACAGCAUCAGAUUCUGUUUUGGUAUGGAGACUGUGUAGCACACUGUCUUGUACAGAGUCUGUUGAAUUAUGGACUGUCUGUGGCCUUAAUGUUAUCAGUCUGCUGGGUUUUUUCACUUCUUUCAUAGACAAAUACAGGCUAUAAGGUGAAGUAUAUGUACCCUCCAUUACUGCGGUGGCACCUCACUAGUAACCUGCAUAAAACACUCUAAUAACUGUACAGGGAACUGCUGUUUGGAUCUUUUUUAAUCAAGAAAUCUAUCCAGUCCUGCUCUGUGCUGCUCUCUAUUCCUCCAGAAGGAAACUUUUGGUAAAGUUUAGUGAGAAAGUAAAAGCCACAAAGUUCUACUCUGUGUAAUAUAUUCAACUUUUAUCAAACCUCCAGUGAAUCCGCUUGUUUCAGUGGCAUUCUGAGCUUCAUGUCGAGGGAAUAAGACUGUAAUCAACCAACCAACCAACCACAGCUCGGUUCUGCUUAUUGAUUCCACUUUGACACAAUCAUGCGUUCAGGGUUUUGUAGGAAGUGUUCUAUUUCACCUGAUUGCAAUGCACUAAAUUAUCAAGAUUGAUUAUUUAAUUAGCCUAGAAAGAAAUUCCUGUUGGGUUUAGUCGGUGCACUGAACUUUAUUCCUCUCAGCACUUGAUUUUGGAGGUUGGUCAGUUGGAGGAGGCACAGCUGACUGCAAUUAACCCAGAAAAACGAGAUUUCGCCAUCAGUGCAAAUGCGUUUAGUUCUGCUGCUGCAGUAAUGGCCGCAGCUCUUGCAAGCGUAGCACAUAAAUCGUCUGUCGGAUGCAUUUAUGGCGAGUCUUUGGGAGUCGGAGGGUUGUGAUCCUGCAGGAGUUUCAUGUGACAAAGUAGAAAAUAGAAAUAAAUUAACGAUGACUGAGUUCAGAUAGUCUCCCGACAUGUUUACUUUGAAGAAUUAUGAAGAAUUAUGGCGUGGAUGUUUAGAAGAUUCAAAUGGUCCAAAUCCCCUCAAGAUACACUGUUGGUUAGUAUUUAAAGUUUUGCUUGCUGUUCAGUGAUGGAGAUGACUAAUGAUACCUCAGGGAAACUGUAUUUUCUCAUAAGCAGACUUUGGUAAAGAGCGGUGGCUCAUAGUCGCCCCAUGUUUUGGACCCGUAGUCAGUCAUUCAUCCUCUUUUUACAGGCUAUUGCUUAAAGGAGUGAAUUUCUAUCUUUUUGUUGGAUUGUUGAAGGAAUUUGAUUCAUCGCUGUUUUGCAAAACCCCAAGUCCCUGUCAGAUGUUGAUGUAGAGCAGCGUGAGGCGGCUUCUUUAUCAUGUGUCAGACCUGGAACAUCAGUUUUGAAAGCCUUCUGCUUCCAAAACCCCAUUUUUUAUGCCAUUUUGCACCAAAUCGUCCACCAGAGAGCCAUACGGACCCACGUCAUUGAAUGUGCACUACACUUGCUCUGCUGUGCCUCUAUAGAUGUAUGUUGUUGCUAUCAAUGGUGGUUUGGUUUCUUAAUUACUGCUGCAUCAGUGGUGUUUAUUUCUGAGUGAAAAGUUUAAUUUAAGGCUUGUAUUUUUACUCGGGGUGGGUGACAACACAACAUGGGUGUAAAUAUUUUGUGUAAAUGGUUUCUACUGAAUCAAUCUGAGAACUUUCUGGUCUUUUGUUUACUGUUAUGUCAAAAAUACUUAGUUUUAAGCUACUUACACUGGUGUUAUGGUUGUUUUUCAUGGCUAAAUUUAUGGUCUUUCCAUCCAAAUGUGACCUCAUGGUGGCACCAGAGGAAAAAUCACAGAAUUAUCGCCAAAAUCAGACGUUUUCAUUGCAACCCAUCAAAGAGUUUUUGAGAAAUUUCCACCAGAUAUGAACAAAAAUGACCAGAAAUUCAGUUUUAUCUUGAUUUAAAUCCCAAUAUUUUCCCAAAUCUUCUAUGUAAAGACUUCAGUCCUGCAUGCAGCUACCAUUAAUGGCUCUUAAACAUUCAUGGAGUCUGAUAAUUGACUGAUUUUUAUGAUUUUUUCGUCCUCCACAGCAAAGUGAGAAAAAUGAAAAUGCUCGUAUGCUAACAUCUGUUCUCCGACUCACAAUGUGUCAUUUACAGUAUUUCAUGGUUUAUUAAAUCUGUUUAAUUCCUGCUGCGUAAGUAGCGACGAUUAAAAUGAGGAAUUUAUUCGAGAGCAAAGAGGCCGAACAAGACAUACAUUUAAUUUCUCUAUUAACCUUGAGCACUAAUGUGACCAGACGACUAGACUUGACUGUAAAGGAAGAGUUACGGCAGUUAGAAGUGUCACUGAGUCGCUGCUUGUCUGUAAUGUUCGGUGUGACUUUCACAGAAAAGACAAGUCCUGAGUACUUUAAUCUCCAGUUCUUUCAUUAAAAAUCUCUUUCAGUCAUGCAAAAAUGCCAACAUGUUGACAAAAUGAAGUCUACGUCUAAAAGAAACUGAUAGAUGCAUCUCCAGAUCUCAUGGAUUGCAGAAAAAGCCACUGACGUCUUAGUCUGAAUAUGGUUUUUUAUUCCCAAUUUAAUUACACCACAAUUAAUCCUGCCAGCAACCUUUCAUACUUCAAAGGAUAAGGCUGGCAUUAUUCUGUGUUUUUUAAUUCUCCUCAAAUCCCUUGAAAACCAACAAUGUGUUAGUCAGAGUCUCAGUACUUUCUGAUUUUAGUCCCAAAUCUGCUCACAACUAAAGCUCCAAAACCUUAAAAAUGUUCACAUACAUGAAAUAAACUGUAUUUUAAUAUUGAAAAUGGCUCAAAACUGUUGUUUUUUUCAAAUAACACAAUUGUCAGGGACUAUUUUAGCAGUGGAUUAACACACAUUUGAUGCUCACCAGGAGUCUACAUGUCAUCCGGUGCAACAGCGCGUCUCACUGAUGUGUUUUUAAUCUUUUCUGGAUUGCAAUGAAGAUCUACAGCACGGAGGGAAAAGAUAAACGGGGCUUUAGAUGCACGGUAAAACUCUCACUGGAUUUACUGAUAAGAAAAAUGUGGUACCUGUAGUGUCUUAUUACGAGAUGGGAUUUUUCAGAAGCGAUUUUUAAGAUGUAAGGAAACCUUUUGUUGGUAGUUUGACCUAUAUUAAGUUUUACUGCUACUGAAAAACCUUCAUAAAGCCGAGAGUUCCACCGUGUUCUGUGUCGACACACAGAAGUGGAAUAAUGUGCAGAUUCAGUAAAUGUCAGGAUGUUAGAAAAUAGACUAUGAAUAAUCUAAACCUUGCUUAUCUUUAGCGACAAACCACUUUUAAGGCCACAUAUUCAUGAUUUUUCUGUUGAUGAUGGUGACAGGGAAGAUAAAAGACCAGAAAUGACUCAUUUAGCUGCACACUAAGCUCCCCACAGAGGCUAUUUAAAAUCACUCUGCUUUCUCAGUUCACUCUCUAAUUAUUUUUCACGGCUGAUUCUUCCACAUAAAAGAACGGCGUGUUUUUUUGUUUUUUUUUUUUCCUAAAAGCAAAUUGGGCAACCUGAUCUCACACUUUUAUAAAAUUGUCGUACACCUGAUUCUGCCAGUGUUGCACUGCAAAAUCUUGUCUUUUGAAGCAAACGGAGGGUUUAUUGUACAGUAUUUUGUGAGCUGAUUGCUUGAAUCGCACACGUGUGAUGCUGAUUAUUCUGAUUAAUGUGAAUCCAAGCCAUAGCAGAAUGACAGCUCGACUAUUUCACCAGAGAUGCGGGCAAUAAAGCGACGGUGUUUGUAGCUUCCUGCCUGCUGAGGCCGAUGCUUCACUAACUGUGACCCUGUCGGGGUCCAAACACUCGGAUCAAUAUUGUUUUUGCUGGUUGCAUCGACUAAUUGAGCCAUGUUGGAGGAAAAAAAAACACACCUUGACACAGCGGUCACGUUGCUCCAUGAUGACCAGCAAGUAUGUUAGUCUGAGAGUCGAUAAUUCAUCUGCAUAUUCUGAAGACAUGCUGAAGUGUUUAUUUACUUCCUGUAAUUAUUCCGUUUUUGUACUGAAAUGAGUUUUUGGAGCUGGGAGCAGUUUGUUUUUUAGCUUCCACAGUGCAUUGUUUGCAAAACUUUCCUCCUUUAAUGUGCCAUUCAUCAAAUCUGCAUUCACUGUACAGACGAGUGAUUCAGCACUUUGCAACUCAACUCGUGGCUUAUUGCAAUGUUCACUCAAGUCCGACUUUUUCAUGCCCACAGAAUUUUUCAAUAAAGCUUUUCAGUGAA